UCUCUCGGGGUGGCCGGGCACACCUCCGUUGACCUAUUUUCUGGUUAUUGCAUUGAAGCUAACUAUUUAUGUCUAAGGGUGUAAAGUAGGGCGCCGCCGGUUUUGCAUCCAGUGUGCAAUAAGUUGAUUUUGCGACAGUGGUGCUUAAUUGCUGAAAUAACUAGUGGUGGAAAUUUGUCGUUUGUAAUUAGUGGUGCUGUAAUUUAGUAUUGAGGUUGUAUUCACUACUGUUUAAAUAAAACUGCAACAAGCAGGGCUUCAUUUCAUUGAUAAACUGAUAAGACUGAGGUACAAACCUCGAACAGACAGCCAAAUCAACCUAUCUCAAUGUACAGCACGUACAGCAGAAACAGCGACAUGGACCCCUGGGAUGGGCAGUUUGAGUGUACAACGGAUCAAUGAUAUUGCAAAAUGAUGGACUCCGACUUGCCACCGGGUAGCUCAAAUUCCACCGGGCAUCUGUCCACCAUCGGAUACCACACCCUGCCUGGCCGCAUGCAUCACUCGGCCAGCACCCCUGCGGGCGUGGACGGGGCAGGUGGCGGCUCCCGGACUCCCCCGGCCACGCCCAAGAAGGGCGGCAAGAUGCUAGCAGUCAGGGUCCAGAUGUUGGAUGACUCCAUCUCCAUGUUUCAGAUACAGGCUAAGGCUUUCGGCCGGGUGUUGUUUGAUCAAGUGUGCCGGCAGCUCCAUCUAUUGGAAGCUGAUUACUUCGGGCUGGAAUACCAGGACGCCCACGGUGUAAGGCACUGGCUGGACGUGGAGAAGCCGGUAUGCCGUCAACUAGGGCUGUCGAUGUUGGAGCCGACCCUUCGUUUCUGCGUCAAGUUCUACACCCCCGACCCGGCGAGGCUCGAGGAAGAGUUCACCCGGUACCUGUUCUGCUUGCAAGUGAAGCGCGACCUCGCCCAGGGCCACAUACAGUGCAAUGAGAACACCGCCGCCCUUAUUGCCAGCUAUAUCGUCCAGUCGGAGUGCGGCGAUUUCGUCCCUGAAGAUUACCCCGACCACACGUACCUCAGCUCUUACAAGUUCUUCCCCAGGCAGGACUCGGAGUCCGAGAGGAGGAUCAUGGAGAACCAUAAGAAACAUAUAGGUCAAAGUCCCGCCGAAGCGGACUUGAAUCUGUUGGAAACGGCAAGGAGAUGCGAAUUGUAUGGAAUCAAGAUGCACCCGGCCAAAGACCACGAAGGCGUAUCCCUGAACUUGGCAGUGGCGCACAUGGGCAUCGUGGUGUUCCAGGAGUUCAUCAAGAUCAACACGUUCAGCUGGGCGAAGAUCAGGAAGAUCUCAUUCAAGAGAAAGAAGUUCCUUAUCAAGCUUCAUCCGGAGGGUUGUAACUACUACCGCGACAUAGUGGAAUUCUUCUUUGAGACACGCAACGAAUGCAAGAACUUCUGGAAGAAGUGCGUGGAAAACCACGGCUUCUUCAGGUGUUCGGCCGCGCCUCGACCGCGACGACACAAGACCAGGGUCAUGUCCAGAGGAUCCUCAUUCAGGUACAGUGGCAGAACGCAGAAGCAGAUAGUCGAAUUCGUGCGAGACAACUACGUGAAACGGCAAGCAUUCCAAAGGUCGAUGUCGUUCCGCGCGUCGCGCUCGGCGGGCGGGUCGCGCGGCAACGUGUCCGCGCACGCCGCCGCGCCGCUCAACGCCAGUCUGUCCGCGCACCCGCUGCUGCCGCUGCCGCCCGGCUCCGAUGCGAUUUCCCUGGAGUGGGACAAGCAGCCUCACUACCUGGAGGCUUCUCUGAUGAUGAAGGGCUACACGGCGGAGGAGGCGCGCUCGGCGGCGCUGCGGCAGGCGCGGCGCGCGGCGGAGGGCGCGCCUCGCCCGCCGCUCGCAGCUACCGCCUUUGCCACCACGAGGGACAAGCUGUCAAAACUGUACUGCAGCGAAAUCGGAGCGCCCGAGCUUGUGACCCAUGCCGAGGUCAAUCAUCAUCCUACACAGGAUUCGCCUCUGCCUCAUCGGACGACGACACAAUUGGUUUCUCCGGAGAGUACAUGGAGCCAGCAGAGCUCGGCGGGUCGUGGUCGCGCGCGCGCGCCCACUCCGCCGCCGCGGGCGCCGCCAGACGAGACAUCGCCGGAAGAAGAGGAUAACACGGUUUCGUCGGCGAGUCUGUGCAUGUCGCCGAGUGCGAGCGAGAGGACGGCGGACCAGAGCGAGAUAGACGGCGUUCUGCCGGUGUGCGCGUCAACGCCGAUCGUACGACAGACACGACCUCUGGCGAACGGGCACGAUGCGGAUAGUGAUACGCUCAACGGAAACGUCAACGUAAACAUCGUGUCGGAAUCUCUAAACAGCAUGGAUAUUCUUAGUGGGGGCGAGAGCGAUGCUGGAGAUACGCUGAAGAGAAAUAAUAAUAACAGUAUAUCCAGUACACUCACGAACACUAUGAAGAACGGCGCUGGGGAUAAGAAGCGCGGUGACGUCACAUACUUCGUGGCCAAGGAGCUGCUGAUGACGGAGCGCACGUACAAACGGGACCUGGAACUUAUUACUGUCACGUUCUCCCGCGGCGUGUCUUCUCUAGCUGGCAGCGUGCCGCCGUCUGAGUCCAGUGAAGUGUCAGCACUGGCGCGGGCCGCGUUGUCACUGGAGCCGCUCGCGCUGCCCGCCGGCGCGCUGCUGGCGCGGCUGGAGCGGGCGCUGGCGGCCAACAGAGACAAUGAUGAAGAACCAGAGUACAAAAAGAUAGCUGAAUUAUUAUACGACUAUUUAUCAAACACGUUUGAUGCGUACUCGACGUACGUGUGGCAGGCGGGCGCGCUGGCGGCGCUGCUGGAGAGCGUGCGGCGCGGCGGCGCGGCGGGCGGCGCGCUGUGCGCGCGCUGCGAGCGCGGCGCCGCGCUGCCGCUCGCCUGCCUGCUGCUGCGCCCGCUGCACCGGCUGCUGCAUCUCGCGCGGCUGGCGGCAGAGCUAUACAAGGCGUGCGGCAGCGAGGCGGCGGCGGCAGCGCUGGAGAUAUCGCGCCGCGCGGCGCAGCUGGCGCUGGAGCAGCUGCCGCACGCCGAGAACCACGCCGCGCUGUGCCAGCUGCAGCGGGACAUCCGGGGUUACGACAAACUGCUAGUAGCAGGGAGGGAGUUCAUAAGACUGGGCUGUGUGUACAAACAUUCCACGAGGGGACUGCAACAGAGGAUGCUGUUUUUGUUCAGCGACGUGCUGGUGCUGGCGUCGAAGCCGGGCGGCGCGAGCCAGUUCCGGGCGCACGCCGCGCUGGCGCUGCGCCGCCUCACCCUGAGGCAGCAUGACCUCCCUAACUCUUUCGAACUCUACGGUGAAGAUGUUCAACUCCUGUUCAGCACUAGCACAGAGCAAGAGUACGCUGGCUGGAGUGCAGACCUUCAGGCGGCGAUACAACACGCGAGAGAGAACCCCGUGCACGUGGACACGGAGCUGACGCACGAUGUCGACGCUUCUCCACCCGCGGAGUCGCCCGAGGCGCUGAGCGGCGCCGCGUGCUCGCUGCCGCACGUGUGCUGGCACCGCGCCGCCUCGCUGCCCAGGGAGUCCCUGCAGCUGGCGCUCCGGACGCAGCUGUCCGGCUACUUGCUCCGCAAGUUCAAGAAGUCCCCGGGCUGGCAGAAGCUGUGGGUGGUGUUCGCCGCCUUCACGCUGUUCUUCUACAAGAGCUGGCAGGACGACACGCCGCUCGCUUCUCUGCCGCUGCUCGGUUACGGCGUGGGCCCCCCGGACUCGUCCGACGGCAUCGACAAGGAUUUCGUAUUCAAGCUGCAGUUCAAGAACCACGUCUAUUACUUCCGAGCCGACAGUCACUUUACAUAUCACAGGUGGACGGAAGUGCUACAGACUGCGAUGGUACGCAAUAAUCACAAUUAAGUUGUAGUUAAAUUGGACGAAUGUCCGCGACCCGAAUAAUAUAAUAUUUAAAAAAAACACGAAUACAAAUUGGUGCCAUAGCUAUGUUGGUGUACAAAAUGAUAUUUUCGUACGAGUUUAUUAUUGAGCAAUAAAAAUCUUGCCUUUAUUUAUUUAGUGAGCUACCGGUACCAUCGCUUUUGUUUAUUCGUAAUCUUCAUAUUAUAGGAAGGAGUAGAUUAUAAUCUACUUUAUAAAGACAUACCGAAACAUUAUGCGUAAGGUUAAAAAAAAAUAGUACCUAUUUAUAUCUUCUAAGUGAAAAGUCCAAUCAUAAACUGCCAUAUGAUGAAUAAAAAAUCAGUCAGCCAUGUUGGUUUUGAGUGAGAAACAUGAGUCAUACCGUGUUUGAUCGCAGUAUUGCACGUAUGAUCGCCGUUUGAGUAAACGUUUUUAUCAUAAAAUGGUAUCAGAGUCACUUUUACUAUAUUUAUUUAUUUUUCUAAAUACCUAUUUGCAAUAAUGUGUGUUAUUUAAAUGUUAUAAUAUUUUACAAAUAUGACGGAUUCAUUAUUACAAUUCGAUAGUCAUGUUUUAUGAACAGAAUUCAAUGUUUUAUUUAAAAUAAAUUAGUUUUAUACAAAUUAUGUGACAUGAAGACAUUAUGUAGGGUGUUAUUUUACUGAGUGUGUAAUGAGAGAAAUGAAAUGAAAAAUUUGUUUUAUGAUGAUAACGAUAAUCAAAAAAAAAAUCGAUACAAAAAAAUUAUUGUGCAUAUUUUUGUAAAAUUUCGGCAUUGAACUACCAAAUCUUUUCACUUAUUUGGUUCGAAUCGCCAUUAUUAUUUAAUAUUUUACAAGUAUGAAUGAUUUUAACAUGUGAGGUGAGUAACGAUCACUCUAUGGUAUUAUUGUAUAGUUCAAAGUUCAUUUAUUAUGAAUUGUGAUAUACACUAGAGCCCUGCCGAUAGCUAGAAUAACUUUGCCGGUUAACAAUUAAUGAAAUUGUCAGAGGAGAAACCAAUUCACUAAACUCUUUAUAUAGUGACUUAUCUCUCCGUACAUACUUAUAUUCUCUUUACAUACUUAUAUUUUUCUUCAGAAAAUCUACAUACAUAUCACGUCUUUAUUCUUUAUUUUUUUAAAGACUCAAUAAUCUAAGCGCUUCUAAUGUACCGGAAAGGACAAGGCACGUAUGUUAGUUCAAAGUAUAAAUUAAAAGUAAAAUUCGAAGUUUUUCUGACUACUGGCUGGGGUGUAGGACCGCAUUGCGCUAGAACAGUAAGUUAAUGUAUUUCCAAACGUGAUGUCACACAUAGCUUGUAAGGGUUGAAUUGUUUAAUUUCCUUUUAAAGGAAGUGCGUUGAAUGAGUGCAUCUGAGCGUAUGAAAAUAGUUUUUUAAUGGACUAAAAUUGGGUUGAGGUUAUUCAAAAAAUAAAUUGCGAGUAUCUUUAAGAAGCCUUUUUGUGGUUCUUACCAAUCCAUAAUAUUUGUGGUACACUCAUGUAAAUCUUUUAAAAGCAUCAUUUAUUUUCAUACCGACAUCAAUGUGUAUUUAAAGUUCCAAAGAUUUUGUGCAUUCUCAUCAUUUGGCAACGUAUAAUGAAGUAAUUCAUUUAUUCUAUAUAUUAACAUACUAUAUAUUAACAUACUUCAAUAAAUCAUUAUUAUAAUUUAUUAAAGUAUCCAAGGCACUCAAAUUCCAUAACACGGGGGUUGCCCCGUGAGCUUUUGGGGAUAAUAUACCAUUUAAAAGAGGUGUUAUAAUAUAAUAAAGAAAUUUAUCAAAAAUCUCAAUAUUAGUAAAAAUGUGUGUCCGCCGUAAGAAAGUUAUGGUGUAUUGUGAGUAAAAUGUGAGUUAUUUCCAAAGCUAAUAAAUAUUUAAACAUAGUAUUCCGAAUUUUGAAUCAUGGAGUUAGUUGAGUAGAGUGAGU